GUUCACAUAUAUAUACUCAGACACUUGUACACUUUUGAAUGUCCAUACAUUUGUCGGUAAUCAGAUUGUUUUAUGCUGCACUUUGUGGACAACAAAUAUUGUCAACUGAAUUCGCCUUCCAAAAUAAUUACAGUUACUUUUAGUUGUAGGAUAUCGGUUUUUACUCAUAAUGUUUUGCGUUUUUGACAUCAAAAUACAAAGAAUUUUUAAGAAGAUUAUAAUGCUGCAUAUAUGCAGCCUUAUAAUUACAAGGCUACAGCCUUGUGGAUAUUUGACAGCUUCUGAGUUUUUAAUAGCUCUGCAGUGGCAUUUAAAAAAAUCUUUUGUAUAGCAUCAAUGAGUAUGGGCAAACAUGUCUGCCCAUACUCAUUGAUUUCAUCUAUGCAUAGAUGAAUUUUCAGAACUAAAAGCAUUAUUUCAGAUGCCAAUCUUCGUCUCAAUAAUUAAGCGUCCGGCACCCUUUUUAAGAACGACCAGAAUUAUUUCAAUUUUCGUGCUCGCUUUCUAAACUGCCUUAGCUGUCUUAUUUAAAUCUCAUUAAAUAUACCACACAAAUAAGACAGAAUUCUGUCAACAAUUGGUUAUCAUUUAACUUUGAGAAAUGUUGCUGCCUGAACAUGCACAUGGGAUUGAUUUACAUAUUAAUUUGGGUGGUUCAGUUAGACCGAAAACACUUUUUGAACUGUCACAAACAAAAAUGUCAUCAAAUUCACCCAACACAUUGACAGAAUUUGAAGAAAGGCUGCUUCCUAAGGCUCCAUAUUCUGCGGAACAGUACUCGAAAUCACUGUCCAUGAUAUCACCGCUGAUAUCUGGUAAAAAGGAGGUAUUAGCGCGUAUCUGUCAUGAAUUCGUUGAAGAUUGUGUUCAACUUGGUGGUUUGUGUUAUGUAGAAACACGAUUUUGUCCAUUCGCUUUAAACAAUGCUUAUUUCAAUGCAGAGGAGGCUCUCCAAGUAAUUUUGGAUACAUUUGACAGAGCUAGUGCAAAGAAUAAAAUUGAAGUUCGUUCAAUUUUAACAAUUAUGGGAGAUAGACCAGAAACAGCUGAUAGAACUUUAGCUUUAGCUAAACGGUAUCAAACACAUGGAGUUGUCGGUAUAAACUGUACAUGUGGUGAUGAAGUUAUAGGAAAUGGACCUAUCCCAAAACAAAUUGUUAAAACAUUUCAAGAAGCUAAAAACUAUAAUAUUCAUCGUACCGUUGAUGUUGGUUGUAAGAGUUCAGCGCAUAGAGUGUAUGAAGCAGUCACUGCAUUACACGCUGAACGUAUUGCUCAUGGAUAUCGAAUUCUUGAAGAUGAAAAUUUGUACCGAUAUAUAACUGAAGAAAAAGUGCAUUUUGAAAUGUGUCCAUCAACAAGUGUUAUGACUGGUGCAAUAGACAUGAAGAAUCCAAAAAAUCAUCCUAUACAUCAAUUUCUCAAAGAUAAUAUAAGAUUUUCUAUCAAUGCAGACUGUCCAACACUGUCACAGAAAUGGAGUGCAGAUGAAGCUAAAUACUGUAUGAAUGAAUUAUCCGUGAAACCGAUUAGUCUAGCUAAAGCAAAUCUCAAUGCUGCAAAAGCAGCUUUUUGUACUCAAGCAGAACGUCAUGAUCUAUUAACACAUGCAAGAAUAAGGACAAGAAAUAGAAUAAUCGUAGUUAAACAGUGAAAUUACUUUCAUCGAAGUGAAUAAUUAGAGUAAUACAUGUUUGUAUCUGUUCUGUUAAGUGUGCUGAAAGAAACAAUUCUGUAAUAUACAAUUUCUCGAUGGUCAGUUUUGUUAUUGUUCAUCUACUUAUCUUUCUUUACAAAAGUUUUUCUGAAAAAAAGAAGUAUGUAAUGGUCAAAAAACACAACUUUAUUUGGCUUUUCUUCUCAGAAAAACCUGAAAUUAUCAUGAAUAUGUUAAUACAUUUUGUUUUGCUGAAAUUAUAUUCUAAUUGGCUGUGAUAAAUACCAACUUUAUCUAUUACUUAUGGAUGACAUUGGCACUUCUUUCAAUUACUGUGAUGCUUAUGUAUAUUUAUACAUAUAUGAAUAGCUAUUUUGACUUUUAUUUCAUUCGAUAAAUCUGAAGUUUCAUUCUUCUGUGAUAAAGAGGAAAUGGGUGACAUUUGAUGCAUAAUUAUCGUGUGUAACCCCAAAGACUUUCAAUACAGUAGACGAAAUACAGUGGUUACUUCUCUACGAAUACAUUUCCGACCAGCUUAAGUCUAAAACAGAUCUUAAAUCAGUAGCUUGAAUUUGACCGGAGAUCAUGUGAAGAAUUUCCGUCUUAAUUUUUGUGAAGGCACUAAAGUAUUCAAGGAUUUGUUUAUAUGAACAUAUAUUAAUAAUAAUACCUAUAUUCUGGACAGUAUUUAUAAAAUGUUGGGAAUAUUCAGAGGAGUUUAUUGCUUGAUAUUUUCCCUUCGUACAAUAUAUUCAAGUAAAAUAUUAAGUGACAGUAGUAUAACCUGUGACACAGUGGUCUCUGAGCUGAAGCACCAACCAUUCCAUUAUGAUAUAUCUGCUCUUUUCCCCUUCAAGACAUCCACGAUAUCGAUCUAGUUGAAAGCCAAUUGUAAGAUGUUCAGAAGUAUAUUUUGAAACCAAAAGACAUAACUGAAGAACAAUUAUUUCAUGCAUUGAAACACGUUACCAUCCACAAUCAUGCAGUUCCUUAACUUUAGUAGAAACCUGCAGAUCAAGAGUUUGUAAACAUUUUUUUAAAUAAUAAUGAUUUACUUUAUUCC